AUGAAAUUUAUUAAUAUUUUAGUGUGCUGGCUUCUAAAAUAUAUUAGCAAAUUAUCAUCUAAAAAGGUUACUGGAACGGUUUUAUCAACAUUAACACUUGUAGGUGGUGGAACUUUUGCAUAUUCACUUUAUAAAAAUGAAUAUGAAUUGUCAAAUAUUGGUUUGAUUAGAUUUUCUAGAGCUGGAGUUGUUGCUUUCAAAGUUUUUAGUGAUUACAAAAUUAGUUUAUAUGGAGUGGAAAGAAAUACAGAGGAUUAUAAUCAGAGGAUCAAGGAAGCUCACAAAAGAUCAGCAGAAAAAAUAUUAAAAUUAUGUCAAUUAAAUGGUGGUACAUUUAUUAAAAUGGGGCAAUUAAUAGCAGUGAUGGAAUAUUUAAUUCCAUAUGAGUAUACCUCUACAUUAUGUCAAUUAUUUUCUUCUGCUCCCAUAACUGAAUUUGAAGAUGUCAAAAAGAUGAUUGAAAGUAAUUUAAAAAAACCAAUGGAUGAGAUAUUUAGUUCAUUUGAAUGUGAACCUGUAGGAUCAGCAUCUCUUGGUCAGGUACAUAUAGGAGUUUUAAAAGAAACUUCUGAAAAAGUUGCUGUUAAAGUACAACAUCCAAAAGUUUUAUUAAGAAGUUCAGUUGAUUUAAAAACAAUGGAAUUAUUUGCUACUAUAGCAGGAAAAUUAUUUCCAGAAUUUAAUUUAAUGUGGUUAGUUGAUGAGACAAAACGUAAUCUUCCAAAAGAAUUAGAUUUUUUACAUGAAGCAAAGAAUGCAGAUACUGUUAGGAGAAUGUUUAGUCAUUUAACAUAUUUAAAAAUUCCUGAAAUAAAAUAUGACUAUAGUACUAGUCAAAUAUUAACUAUGGAGUAUUGUGAAGGUAAACAGAUAAAUGAUGUUGAAUAUUUAAAAAGAGAAAAUAUCAAUGUUCAUGAUCUUUGUUCAAAAAUUGGUAGAUUAUUUAGUGAAAUGAUAUUUUCUAAAGGAUACAUUCAUGCUGAUCCACAUCCAGGAAAUUUAUUAGUUUAUAAAGAUAAAAAAACUGGAGCAGUACAGUUAGUUUUACUAGAUCAUGGAUUGUACUCAACAUUAAAGGAUAACUUUCGUGUUUUGUAUUCUGAAUUAUGGUUAGCUUUACUUAAACCCGAUUUAGAUGAAGUUAAAAGAGUAUCAACACAAAUGGGUGUUGGUGAUUUACAUGAUUUAUUUGCAUGUAUGAUUACAAUGAGAAGUUGGGAUUCUAUUCAACAAGGAAUAAAGACCAAAAAAAAAGAUGAUGAGGAGGUAGAACAUAUUAAGGAAUAUGCUUCGAAACUUGCUACAAAAAUUAAUGAAAUUCUUAUAAAUAUGCCCCGUGAAAUGUUACUUAUUCUUAAAACUAAUGAUUUGAUUCGUAGUAUUGAAUAUAAAUUAGGUGUUUCAAGUAGAGAAGAUAGUUUUAUUGAAAUGGCAAGAUUUUGUACAAAAAGUAAUUGUCAAGAUGGUAUGAACUUAAAAAAUAAAGCUGUAACAAGAUGGAAAAAUUAUGCUUCUGAAUUUUUUACUGAUGAACAGACUAUUGGAAUGUUUGAUAUGGCAGUAGAAAUGGCAUAUAAUGGUAGUAAUGUUAGUGAUAUUGGUAAUUCAAUAACAAAUUAUUUAAUGAGUGAAGCAACACCUAGCCAAUUUUCAAAAGUUACUUCAUUUGGAUUAGGAUUACCAUUUUAUUACAGUGGUGGAAUAUCAGGAUUUAUAGAUCUUACUUCAACACACCUUUCUAACAAUUUAUCACCUUUUUGUAAACAAAUGCAAAUUGAAUUACUUAAAAUGAAAGAUGAAGGAAAAGAUAAACAAUAUAUUUAUAAUCAAGGAUAUUACAUGGCUCUUAAUAUGUUUACACCUUCCAAGAUUGAAGGCAUAAUGUGUAGACUUAAAAAAAGAUUUACACCUGCUGUAUGGACUAAAAUUUAUUCAAAUAUUGUAAAAUUUAAUUUUAUCAAAAUAAGCUUAUAUGAUGCUAAUUGUGUUUAA